AUGGAUAUCACUCUCACUGAUUCGGAAUCUGUGAUCGAGGAUGUAUUUUCGCCUGAUAGUUUAUCUACAACGGAUAGCUUGUCGUCCAUAGACGAAGAAAAAGAAAGUGACACGGAUACUGUAGAGAUAAUACAGAGGAACGGAAGAGAAUACUAUGGGGAACAAUUAGACCGAUAUCCUUGGCCCACGGACUUAGAAGCGCGGGGUCGACAGUGUGAUAUGCAUGACAUUGCGCUUGCCCACUUUGACGGACAUCUCUUCCAUGCUCCGAUUGUUGAAGAACCAGAGAAGGUCCUUGAUAUCGGUACGGGGAUCGGAGCUUGGGCAAUUGACUUCGCGGAUGUAUUUAGACACUCAACGGUAACUGGCAUAGACUGGAUCUAUGUACAGGCUGAUUUAGGCACUCCGAACGUCAAUUUUGUUCUUGACGAUUUUGAAUGCUCUAAGUCAGGAGCCUGGGUCGAGUUUGGCGAUUGGGUUGUAGAGGUCCAAGACCUAAACGGCCCAGUCCAUCAGUGGUAUACUGAUUUACAACGCGCUCUCGGCCAAUAUGGAUAUAACAUGGAAUUACCUGCUAUGUACGAGGAUGCAAUGCAGGAAAAAGGCUUUGGUCAUAUCACCCUCUUAAAUCACCGAAUCCCCAUGUGUCUCAAUGAUCCCACCCACACGAUUACAUCUACGGCACUUCUACAAUGUUGGGCCCAAAGUCUAGAGGACCUGAGUAUGGAGCCGAUGACUUUGAUGCUAGGGUACAGCGCGGAAUAUGUUCGUGAACUCUGCUCCUCAGCACUCGAGGCAAUAUUGACUGGUGGCACAAACGGAUAUCUGAAUUGGCGAGUUGUUUAUGGUCAAGUUCAAUUGGCGUAA